ACAAAAUGGUGAAAAGUGACGAAAGUGUGACUAUUACAGACACCACCAAGUUGCUCGGGGAUGUCGCAUCUCUCUACCUCAACCAGAAAUUUUCUGACAUUACUUUGCUUGUCGAUGAUCAAAAGCUAUACGCUCACAAGGUGAUUCUGGCUGUGAGGAGCGAAUACUUUGAGUCUCUACUUUACGAAGAUCCGCAAAACACGAAAAUAACCAUAACCGGUGUGCCUUUUGACGCCUUGCGUACUCUGCUUAAAUACAUUUAUACAGGUACCAUCACUAUUUCCUCCGAUGUUGACACAACCCUUCAGAUACUAGGACUUGCCCAUCAAUACUCGUUCACAGACCUCCAAACCACCAUCAUUAAAAAACUAAAACCCCUUCUAAAUUUACAAAACGUUUGCGCUGUCCUCAACACUGCCAACCUAUACGAUUUAGAAGAACUGCUCGAAGUUUGUCAUUCCUUCAUGGAACUUAACGCCUCUGAAGUCGUUUCAAGUGACUGUUUUGCAGACCUGUCUCAAAAAUCGAUGAUUAAACUUUUAGAACGCAGUACUUUUUUUGCUCCCGAAAUCGAAAUUUUCAAAAGUGUCGCCAAGUGGUGCAAAAUCAACAACGACGUUGACGAUUUAGUGAUACAGUGUGUUCGUUUAUCCUGGAUGACUGUGGAAGAUAUCGUGUCUACAGUGUGGCCUUCGAAAUUAUUCGACUGUGAGAAGCUGCUGCAAGCCGUUGCUGAAAUCGUUGGCGUUAAAGUGAAAAGCUCCAGUGCUAGAGGUUCUUACAUGGUUGAUGAGAAUAUUGCAACUCCUCUCCACAAAGCUGAGGUAAUUUCAGGAGAAGGAACUGCUCAUUUGCUGACUGGCGAUGGAAAAACCGAUGUCGGUUAUUAUGGUGAACAUUUGAUCGACGGUGAGAAUGCUCUUAUUGUUAAACUUGACACUCCUUCGUAUUUUAAUCAUAUCAAGAUGAGACUAUGGGACGGUGAUGAACGUAACUAUUCUUACUACAUUGCUGUUUCCCUUGAUGGCAAAAAGUGGAGAAAAAUAAUCGACUACCGCCUCAUAAGCUGUUAUUCGAAGCAAAGUUUGUUUUUUGACCAACAGCUGGCCCAGUACAUUAAAAUAGAAGGAACUCACAACACUGCGAAUAAAGGGUUCCAUUUGAUCGGAUUUGAAGCAUACUUAAAAACUACUGUCCCGAAAUUUUUAAGUGGCAUUAUUUAUCCGGAUAGCAAUGUGGCCACAACAAAAGGAGCUAGAGUUAUAUCAGGCGACAGCCCUUCUUUGCUUCUAAAUGGGGACUUCAGUAACUAUAAUAGUGGUUCAGGCUUUACUCAACAUACUAUAGGAUCAGGAAGCAUCAUUGUAGAACUGGCUCAACCUUACAUGAUUUCGAGCAUGAGAUUGUUGUUGUGGGACAAAGAUGAAAGGAGUUACAGAUAUUUCAUAGAAACAUCUCUUAACCAAACUAACUGGGAAAUUGCUGUGGAUCGGAGAAACGAAGACUGUAAAUCUUGGCAAAAUCUUGUUUUUAAAGAGAGAGCAAUGGUUUUCAUUAGGAUUACUGGGACACACAACACAGCUAACAUUGGUUUCCACGUUGUUCACUUCGAAUGUCCUGCGGAAUAGAGACGGAAAACUGAAAAUCGGAUUCCGCUGCACUAUUGAAUUUAUAAUCUCAAGAAAUUUUGUAAGACGAUGUAUUCGCAAUAGAAAAAAAUUUUGCUUCAA